AUGACACCACCUCAAAGGAAAAGUAACUUAAGAAAGCAGCAGGCACCUGUUGCAGUAGCAACCCCUGUCAUCACCACUCCUCUUGAAACAAUGGAUGCAUCAGUAGAAGGGACAGCCACUUUCAUCUGUGCGGUGGAUUCUUAUCCACAGCCUGAGAUUGCCUGGACACGUAACAAGAUUCUCAUCAAGAUGUUUGAUACACGGUAUAGCAUUCGGGAGAAUGGGCAGCUAUUGACCAUCCUGAGUGUGGAAGAUAGUGAUGAUGGCAUUUACUGCUGCACCGCAAACAAUGGAGUAGGAGAAGCUGCUGAGAGUUGUGGGGCUUUGCAAGUGAAAAUGAAACCUAAAAUAACCCGUCCUCCCAUUAAUGUAAAAAUAACUGAAGGAUUGAAGGUGGUUCUGCCAUGCACGACAAUGGGCAAUCCCAAACCUUCUGUAUCAUGGAUCAAGGGAGAAACUACACUAAAGGAAAAUGCUCGAAUUGCAGUUCUUGAAUCUGGAAAUUUAAGGAUUCACAAUGUUCAAAGGGAAGAUGCGGGACAUUAUCGAUGUUUAGCCAAAAACAGUCUCGGAACAGCAUAUUCCAAACCGGUAAUGCUGGAAGUGGAAGAAGAAAGUGAACCUGAACGAGAUACUAAAGUUUUCGCCAGAAUACUGAGAGCACCUGAAUCCCACAAUGUCACUUUUGGCUCCAUAGUGAAGCUGCGCUGCACUGCUACCGGCAUUCCAGUCCCCACUGUCACAUGGCUUGAAAAUGGAAAUGUUGUUUCCACUGGGUCCAUUCUAGAAAGUGUAAAAGACAGAGUGAUUGAUUCCCAACUGCAGCUGUUUAUCACCAGACCGGGACUGUUCACUUGCAUAGCCACUAACAAACAUGGGGAGAAACUCAGCACUGCAAAAGCCGCUGCCACCAUCAGUGUAUCAGAAUGGAGUAAACUAUACAAAGGUGAUACAGGCUACUGCAGCACAUACAAGGGUGAGGUAUGUAGUGCUGUCUUGGUGAAGGAUGCUCUUGUUUUCUUCAACUCCUCCUAUGCUGACUCAGAGAAGAUCCAAGAAAUGCUUGCCCAAGCCGUCUGGAGUGAACUGAAAACAGUGAGUUUACUCUGCCGGCAGGCGGCUGAAUCUUUGCUGUGUAACCACGUCUUCCAGGAGUGCCACCCAACUGCAGUUAUACCAACACCCAAACCGAUCUGCAGAGAGCACUGCCUGGCUGUAAGGGAUCAAUACUGCUCCAAUGAUUGGCUUACAAUGGAAGCAAAGUCACACAAGGGACUCUAUCAAUCUGGACUACACCAGUUGAUUCUACCAGAAUGCAGCAAACUUCCCAGCAUGCAUGUGGACCCCACGGCCUGCACAAAAAUACCCUAUUUUGAGUAUAGAAAGGAAAACAUAACAACACCUUCACCAGUAACAGCGAAGUCAAGUGCAGAGAUUCCAAAUCUCCCAUCCUCUUCCUCUUCUUUUUCACCCACAUAUUCCAUGACUGUAAUCAUUUCCAUCAUGUCCAGCUUUGCUGUGAUUGGGUUGUUCACCAUCACUACCCUUGUAUGCUGCAGAAGGCGAAAGCAAUGGAAAAACAAGAGGGAAUCAGCAACCCCCACCCUAACCACCCUUCCUUCAGAAUUACUGUUGGACAGGCUUCAUCCCAACCCUAUGUACCAGAGAAUGCCACUGCUGCUGAACCCUAAACUACUCAGCUUGGAGUAUCCAAGAAACAAUAUUGAAUACGUGAGAGACAUCGGAGAAGGAGCCUUUGGAAGGGUCUUUCAAGCCAGGGCUCCUGGUUUGCUUUCCUAUGAACCUUUCACCAUGGUGGCAGUCAAGAUGCUCAAAGAAGAAGCCUCAGCAGACAUGCAAGCUGAUUUCCAGAGAGAGGCGGCCCUCAUGGCAGAAUUUGACGACCCUAACAUCGUCAAACUCCUUGGAGUCUGUGCUGUGGGGAAGCCGAUGUGCCUGCUGUUUGAAUACAUGGCCUUCGGGGAUCUAAACGAGUUUCUCCGCAAUAUGUCUCCUCGCACCGUGUGCAGCCUUAGCCACGGUAACCUGGUCCCGAGGAUGAGAAUCUCCAGCCCAGGCCCACCUCCCCUCUGCUGUGCUGAGCAGCUCUGCAUUGCCAGGCAGGUCGCAGCCGGCAUGGCUUACCUCUCAGAGCGCAAGUUUGUGCACCGCGACUUGGCCACCAGGAACUGUCUGGUUGGGGAGAACAUGGUGGUGAAAAUUGCUGACUUUGGCCUCUCCAGGAACAUCUAUUCAGCAGACUACUACAAAGCCAACGAGAAUGAUGCCAUCCCUAUCCGCUGGAUGCCCCCGGAGUCUAUUUUCUACAACCGCUACACGACUGAGUCUGACAUCUGGGCCUAUGGUGUGGUCCUUUGGGAGAUCUUUUCCUACGGCCUUCAGCCCUACUACGGGAUGGCUCAUGAAGAAGUCAUUUACUAUGUGAGAGAUGGCAAUAUUCUCUCCUGCCCAGAGAACUGCCCCCUGGAGCUGUACAAUCUGAUGCGUCUCUGUUGGAGCAAGCUACCUGCCGACCGCCCCAGCUUCACCAGCAUCCAUCGCAUCCUGGCGCGCAUGUGUGAGCGGGCGGAGGCAGCGAUGCAUGCCUGAAGCCGGCCGGUGUCAAAUGGGACUCUGCCUCUUCUUCCUAGUAUCAGACCCAGGUUUGGGAUUUGGUCAGCUGGUGGGACCUCAAAGGUGAAAGCUCAUCAAGAGCCAGAUAGGCUGAGGUAACCGCAGACACAAACAACACGCUCCUUUUGGGCUCUGAGCAAAAACCAACAGGCAGAUGGAUGUCUCGCAAGUGGUGGCUUGGAUGUAGAGGGCAAUUAUAUAUGCCUGAUGACAGGAGCCACAGAUCCAGCACUCUGGGGAAAAGUUCAGAUUUUGUAUUUUCUGGAAAGAAUUUUCUCUGCUCAACUAUUGAACUAGCUGGCAGCAUGAAGUGAUUUUUUGUCAGUUGAGCAUUUCAGGAUAGAAUAUAGUGGAAAGUUUCAAAGAAAUAACAAUGACAGAUCAUCAAGACUAAAUACUUUCUGCUGUUUGAUUCCCCUUUCAAGUUUUUCUUCUCCCUUUUUCAUUUUUUUCUCUGCCAGUUUGAGUUACAAUGUGCUUUUUCUUGGUCUCUCUCUGAACAUUCUUUAAAAAAAAAAAAGGUACUGUGGGCAAAUUUUAAAUUUCCCAUUUUUUUUAUCCAUUUUAAUUUUGCUCAAUUGUCAUAUUUCCUUGUGAUUCUCAUUUAAACUUCCUCUUCUGCUGUUGCUAACAUUUCGCAGAACAAGCUUUCUUCAUAUUUUAUUUUUAUUCUUUCCUUUCUCUUUGGGGUUUUCCUUUGAUUCUUUUUUGCCUUUGGCCUCUUUUUCUUCUCCCUCGGGAAGUAUUUUGCUUUUUUUCCCCUUCAGUAUUGCUAUUUUAUGAACAUCAUUGGUUUUCUUUUCCUUUCUCUCCUUUUCCUAUUUUGCAAUUCCUUUUCUCUUUUCCUUUUUAGUAUAAAAUGAAUCCACUGGAAGGAAUAAAGAAAUUUGGAUUUGGUGCAGGGGGUGGGAAGGAGUGGAUUAUUAACAUAUCAGUAAGGCAAUUCUUUAGAAACCAAGCUUUAACACGAUCUGUACUACUACCCAGAACCAUUGGAGACCAGGUUUGUGAGGAUGUCUCAGAAUGUACAAUAGGAAUAGUACAUGACUCUCGAAGCUUCUACAUUUUGAGAAAUUGGCUGUCCUUCAGUUGCGUUAUUGGAUUCCAGUUUGGAAAUAUUUCCUACUUCACAUGUCUGAAAUUAAUGAACCAGGGUGCUAACUAAAAUUUUCCAUUAUGCAUUCUGGGUUUUGUUUUUCUAAUGUGAUAACGAGUUUAGAAAACAAACACUAUAUCUAGCUGUCAUUUCUGUAAUGUAACCAGACAGUGAUGAUUUAAAAACCUGUUCUUUGUUUCAUUCUCCGAUAAAAUCCUGUGGAAAAGAAAUCAUCCUGUCUUACAUCAGUAUUGGAACAGACAUGGCUGCAGUUAAGAAAAAUAUAAACUCUGUGGAUUUGUUCUCAGAGAUAAGAGAAGGCUCACCUGAUCCCGUUUGGAAUUUCAUCUCUCACCCAAAGUUGCAGAGUUCUGAGUCACCCUCAGGUGUAUUAUAUCAUAUCAGGAUCGCUGGAAAAUUUCAACUGAUUCUGCUAUUGCUUUAUUACCAGAACUGCUAAAUAUAAAGACCAUUGAACAUAUUCUAACACAAAGGAAAUUAGGCCCUUACUUGGCUUUAAGGAAUGAGUACUUCUAAUCGGAAGAUAGAUAUAUAGAAAGAAAAAUGGGUUAGGCAGGUUUUUUGUGGCUGGCAAUAAAUGGAGAGGCUUUAUACUUUUUGUUGUGUGCCCCAGAAGGAGGUGUGCCUUGUGACCAUGCUUUGGUUGACUCCAAGUGCAAGUUUCAUUGGACAGCUUUUCUGACUUCUGAAGAUAGCUGAGAAAAGUGGACAUUUCACCAAGUAGAACAGCUCAAAAAGGAGUUAAAAACCUAUGGCACACAUUGAAGGAUAUGUAUGUGCAAUAUGCACAACCUCAGCUUGCAAAAUUCACUAAAUCAACAAAACUUCCACCAACCGACAAAUAUUUGUGUUGGCCAAAUCCACGUUUACCAAGGUCACCCCUCCCAUGUCUAGACACAUAGAGGCAUUCCACUAUUGGCAAUUGGCUAAGCGAACCCAAGCAACUCACUGCAACCAAUACCCCAUUUACCCCAUAAACAGAAAUUCCCAUGAAAAUCAAAGACAAAAUGGAUUAGAAAUGUUAGGUAGAGUAUAUUAAAUUUCUCUUAGCCCUAAUGACUGGCUCUCAUUAGGCUUGUUGCCCAAUUUCUAUUGGGCCUUAAGCACUUUGGCCAGGGCUUAUUUUCAUGGAAGAUGAAUGAUUGGUAGACAAAUGGGAAAAUCAAUAACCUUGUGAUAUGGGGAAAAUGGUAAUAGCUUGAUUAGUUAAUAUUAUUUAAUUAAAAUUUUAGUCUUUUAUUUCUACUAUUCUAGAAAAAAUACUCCCACUUGUCUAUAUGCAUUACCAAAUUGCACAGUACUUUAAAUUACAGCCAAAACACCACUGUUAAAUUGUUAACCACGGAUUCAACUUAGCCUUCACCGAGAUUUCACCCAGUUGCUAGAAAUAAUGCUACUUCAGGACACAUCUUGGCUUCUACAUUGAUUAAAUUGAGGCUGCCCUGCCCCUAGUCUUCCUUCUCUCAUCUAAACUGUUUUUGGAAAAAAAUAUUUAGGGUGGUCUUGGGAGAAAAAAAAUGUGCAUCUAAUAUCUACUCCAGCAAAUUAUCUCUUUUGUACCUAGCAUCUCAUUCUUGACACAACCCUCUCUGUAAUUUAUUUAAAAGUCUGUCCCCUCUUCCAGCUUGUAAGUUCUUUGAGGUUGGGGAUAAUACAACUGUGCUGAGCUCUCCAAGCACUUAGGAUGGUGAUCUGAACAUGAUAUGCACUCAGUACCCUUGAUUGAUUGAACCUUCCAGAAACAAAACCAAACAAGAAGCUACCUCUAGUACAUUAGUGUCUGAGACUGGGAAAUCUCCAAUGCUGCAUCGCGGUGUAUUUCAGAAUGAAUGCCCUCUUUUCUCUCUCAGUAAUAGUGGAUCAAAAAUAAUUCUACUCCUAGAGGCAUUUGAUUUGGGUUGUAUCUUUCUCUAAAGGUUAGGACUGCAAUCAAGGAAGAAAUCACCGGUGUUCAAGUCACUUGGGAUUAACGCAGGAAUCAAUUCCUUCUAUCCCCACCAAAAAUUUCAUAAGUUUAAUUCAAGCCAGGGCUAUUCUCCAGGCAUUUGUAAUACCUACUAAUGACAAUUAUCCCAGGGCCCCACAAACGAGUUGUGUACAUGCCAGGCCAAAUUUCAAAGACCUUUCUGGAAUCAUUCACUAAUCCCACAAAUUUAGGUCCAGGCAGUGAGAAAGCCCAAUUUCAGUUUCUCAGCUCCUCCUACAAGAGUGUUCUAACAACUUCCAACAGAGGAGCUUCUUCCCUAUCUGUUGAAAGAGCAUUCAAUUCAUGGAUUGAUUACUGUGGUUGUGCUCCUCCUCCCCACCCACCCUCCCCCUGGGUCACCUUACCAAGAAGGAUUCCCACAAAAUGUAAUCACAUCCCACACAUCCCACAGUACCUCCUUUCAUUGCACUUUCCUUGUCCAGCAUUCCAGCAAUGCAAAAAAAAAUUGCAUCAGCUCUAAACCUCAAGUUCAGGUACUGAUUGCUGUUAAGAGACAAACACAACAGAGAAGGGUCUGGAAUGGAGUUGUUCUUUGAGAUAAACCUUUUUGUUGUAUAUUUUGCAGUUAACUGUACAGUAAUUUUAUUGUUUCAGAUAAUUUCCUUGUUAUUUUGAGUGUUCUGCUUGAUUCCUUUGGGAUAAUGUGCUGCUGAGAAAGAAGCCUAUGCCAUUCAGUUAUUGAUUCAUUUAUCUAACUUGAUAUGAAAGAUGUGUGUUGAGGGUGGGAGGGGAG